ACUAGGUGCUGUUGUGCCUUGCGGUCAAUUGAUCGGGGAUUGUACGCCUCAGCCAGUUUGCUUGAUCAUAGAGGUGGGAACCACAAGGUGAAGUCAUCACUCAAGGGGAUCGAUCUUGUUGGUGGCGUAGCACAACGCGUCGUCAAAUAUCCACAUCAGAAUUGCAUAUGCGCACAGGAGAUAGACCCAGUAUCUAUGGAACAACUUAACUACUGUGGUCAAUGCUGCAUGGCAGGUGGAGUUGAUAUUCAAAGGACCUGUCUGUCAACCUGACGUUUCUCCCCUCUGAAAAAAGUCCCCCGAAAUGCUGCGGACCUCGCGUCCGAUGUGUGGGGAUGGCCCGACAGGGCGGUCGCACCUGGGCUGUGUGGGGCUCGGUUCGGGUGCUCUGGUGGCCUGGGUUCUCUGCGGGCGGGCCGCAAACAAGCAAGCUCCAGGCCACCUCAUCCUGGAACCUAUUGCGUAUCGCAAACCUCCAGUGCUCAAACCCACCAGCCCGAGUACAGACUGACAGACUGGACUUGCCACCAACACCGCGCCCCCCAGCCAUGAUUAUCACCGCAGAUCAUUCAUGAUUCGUUGGUCUAAAUAGAUAGUCUACUCACCCAGACAUGAGGAUACGACUUCCGUUCGCAGGAGUCUUCUUCCUGCUGCUCCUCCUCGCGGGGUACGCCGGCCUCACCUCCCUCCAGGUCGGGGCCUACGUCAACGACAAGGUCCUCCACACCCUGACCUUCUUCCUCCUCACCGUCGUCUUCUACUGGAUUGUCGACACCAACCGCCGCCGGACCCUCCACUUCACGCUGGUGGUGUGCACCCUAUGCCUGGGCGUCGGCUCCGAGUUCCUGCAGGGCUUCCUGCCCAACGGCCGAGACUUUGACUUCUACGACAUCGUCGCCAACCUGGUCGGCAGCCUCGCCGGGCUGGGCCUGUGCUCCAUGUACCACAAGCGCAUGCUGGAGAGGAAGAGGAGCCGCAAGUCGUACACGGCCGUGCCCGGCGGUGUCGAAGACGAGGAGGGCGACAUCGAGCUUGGUGAGGGUGUUGUCGGGGAACAAGAGAGUGGUAUAAUGCAGGCGUCUGGCGCAGCGGGCGAAGGGUCGUCUAGCAAGGUACAGUCCCUGGAAGAAGAGGUUGAUAACUGGGAUGAGAACGCCCCGGAUGAUUGGGACGGCGUGGACGACGUGCAAGAUGAGGAGCCAAAGAAACGGGCGGAUUAGGUAACGGCGCCCUCUCCUCUGGGCAAGGCUGCGGGACUUUGAGAAUGACGGCGCUGGACACAAGAGCGAGGGUCUGUUCUGAUACCUUUUUUGUGGCGAUUUGGCUGGCUAUUGGCGUUGGGCAGGACAUGUACGACUGGAACGAGGGAUUUUGACGUCUAUCAUUACUUGAGCAUUACAGGAAGGGACAUCUAUCUACAAGGCGCGGGUAACUAUUUCUCUCCAAGAGCUCGAAGAAGCCGGGUGAGACUUGUGGAUUUGCCAGGUUGAACAUGUCUUCGGGCUGGAUAUGAUCCAUCUGGGAAGGAAGCGAGUAGGAGUCAAAACGAGCACAUUAGCCUUCCA